AUGGCGACGGAGGAGACUCAGCCAGAUCCCUUGCAGGGGCCGGGAGAUCCUUGGAUGACCAAGGAAGCGAUGCAAGAUGGUGCAGAAAAGGCAACAGCGUUGCCACCGAAGAGAGGAGGUGUGGAUAUGCAUCCAUACAACGGGGUAGAAGGAACACCUGGGAAGGGAAGUCCAGCGGGCUUACAAGAAUCCAUGAGUUCAAAUGGGAUUCCCCCAGGGUUCAAGAAAGAGGAUCUUCAUAGCUCAUACAAUAGCAUUCCCACGUCUUUCAUGCCACCUUUUGGAAUGCCAACACACCCUUUUCCCGUUUUCAGUGCCUCCAUUCCUCAAACGGGUUUUGGCACAUUUGCGGGACCAAUGGCUCCCAGUCUGAGUCAGUCAGAUUCAGAAGAGCUGCGGUGGUGGAGGAGUCUUGCCUGGCUCAAAGGCGUAGGCAAAGGACAAGCGCCAAAGACUGAGGAACCGUGGUCAGAGGUUCCAACAGAUAGGGUGAAGAAAGAAGAGGAGACACAAGCCACGUCUGGAGGUGGUCGAAGGAAUGCAGGUGGAGAUAGGAGAAGAAGACAGAGUAGAGACUCAGGAGAGAAUGACAAGAGGCAAGAUGAGACCCCCAGACAGAAGGAGAGAAAAGAAGAUCCCCAAGGACCACCAGAGGGUCCCCCAGAAGAGCCCAAUGAGUCAGAUGACCCGGAAGAGAGCUCCGGUUUCAGUUCAUCAGCCCCCACAACUGAGUUGAGAAGCAUGCUGAGGAGACAGGCGAAGGUCACUCAAGACCGUCCAAGAUCCUCGCUAGGAUCAGUCAAGAUUGAGGAGUUCUAUGGCGAUCGACACAAGUACCUCAAGUGGAAGAAGGCGGUACAAGCGCAAGAGGUUUUGUACCGCCUGGAACCAGAAGAACUCAGCAUGCUGAUCUAUCUCAGCACAAAGAAGGAUGCCAGAGAUGUCUUGGAUCAAAAGCCCAUCCAAGAAUAUACUCGCCCUGGAGGAGUGAGACUCAUCUGGCAUUUGCUGGAUGAGGCGUUUGGCGAAUCAGAGGAGGAGUUGUUUGAACGAGCAGAGCAAGAGUUUGCAACAUACCGGAGGCUUCCUGGCCAGAGCAUUUCCACCUUUCUGGGCCAGCUGAAGAGGCUGAAGGCUCAGUACAUGAGGGUGGACCCAGAGAGCACAAUGUCAGACAGAGCAUGGUCUCAAAGGAUGCUCAACCGAGCAUCCUUGUCACGCCGAGAGAGGCUUGACGUCUUUUUCUCAGCUGGAGGGCGCUACACGUCACAAUCAAUUGAGACUGCACUACGACAUCGAUGCGGCCGAAUCCAUGAGGAAGAGAGAAAGCUUCCCAGCUAUGGCUUUUCCAGAACUCCAGGAGCUAAGCCAUACUACAAGAGGUCACAACAGCACAGCAGGGGCGCGACAAAGAACAAGAGGCCAGAGAAGAAGACCUUCUAUGAGGACAAAGACGCAGGAGAAGAAGAGGAGGCAGAGGAAGAUUUGGAGGCAGAAGAGGAUCCCUAUCGGGAGUACAUAAAUGACACAGGCGACACGCAAGAGGUCCUGAUGGAGAUCCGUGAAGAAGACGUAGAUGAAGACGAGGAAGAUGAAGAGAGCUUUCAGGAUGAUGAUUUGAAGGAAGCAUGGGCAGCAGGAUGGAGGGCUAAAAGCCAACAGAAUGAGAAGAAGAAAUACCGAGGAUGGAAGACAACAAACAGAAGCUCCACAGGAGGCACUGGGAAUUCCAUCUCACCAGACAAGAGGAAGAUCAACUCCACCUGCUCGUCAUGCGGAGAGAGAGGGCAUUGGAGAGGAGAUCCCCAAUGUAAGAACGUCCAGACAGGCAAAGACAAGCCUCAUAAGAAGAAAGAAGGUUCGGGCUCAGGUGACGGAGGAGGGGCAGUGCACUUCACGUAUGUGGUGACAACGACAAAGAAGGUGAAGACUGAGGUAGAAGAGGAGAAGACCACCACACAAGAGGAGCCAGGAAGAUGCACUAACCCAGAUUGCCGAGGCAGGUUGAGGACACAAGACAGGUUUUGCCCAGCCUGUGGCAUGAGAGUCGCAGGAGACCUGAGCAUGAGAGAGAAGAGAGGUUGGGAGGUCAUCAAGGAAGACGAAGAGGCAGAUCAGGGUAGCUCAGCAGGUAUUCUGGAGGUUCUGUCAUCAGGAGAUGAGGAACAGCCUCCAGAGUUCAGGUAUGAGAUCAGCAGAAGCCAGCUGAAAGAGAUGCUGGGCACCACACCGAAACCAGAAGACGGAAGGUCUAAGGUGAAACUGAAGCCUGAAGAAGUCUUGGCGGCUCUACCCAACAUGUCACGCUCCGAGAAGAAGGAGCUCAGAAGACAACUACAAGAAGGUGAAGAGGAUCGGGCAUGGAGGACCUAUAGCCGGUAUCGAGAGGUUGACGGCAUAGGCGUGGAUGAAAGAGGAAGACCUUCAGGAGCAUCAGGAAGUGGCUAUCAGCCUGACGAGCAAGCACCGAUAAGGCCGAAGGCAAGAUCUAAAAAGGAAGAGUUGCCGAAGGCGGUGAAGACAAGACAGUUGGACAAGUUCCGGAGGGGACUGUAUGAAGACCAGCUCCAGGGGGACCGCCUCGUUCCAUCCACAUGUGCACCAACACCCACAACAGCACAAGCCAGGUGUCACCACCCCUUUGAGUCCAUCCGUUGGAGUGCCAAUGCGGAUGGCCACUAUAGCAGGUGCAAGGCAUGCGACCUACGGCAUGUCAUCUACUUCAGUGAGCGACAUGGCGCCCUGGUAGCAACUACAGCACAACAACCAGCAGUGACUCUGAGCAAAGAGCACGAAGCAUCAGCACAACAACCAGCAGUGACUCUGAGCACAGAGCACGAAGCAUUUAUCACCGGAAACUCUGGUGAGGCCAUAGCAGACAGCGGCUGCAGGUGUGCAGUUGCUGGGCAAGCCUGGCACACAGCAAUGCAAGAGGAGCUCAAGAGGAAAGGAAUGACCUGGCAUGAGGAGAAGGAAUCUGAGACAUUCAGAUUCGGGUCUGGUGACCCUGAAACAAGCAACACAGCAUACAUCUACCCAGUAGGCAUAUACGGCAAGAACGAUCUUGUCAGGAUGUCAUGUGUGGGAGGCGGUGCCCUCCACUGCCCUGGACUGGUGGGGCCAAGUGAGCUCUCAAGAUGGGGAGCGGUUGCCCGGUUCCAAGACCGGACUCUGGAACUCAAAGGGGAAGUCAGGCCCAUGAAGCUCACAUACACCCGACAUCCGGCCAUCGACCUGAUGGAGUACCAACCAGGUACAGAAGGAGCACAAUUCUGGACGGAUGCAUCCAUCCAGAGCCAACUCAGGACCCUAAAGUCCAAACCACACGCCUGGGCUUUCGUGGCCGAGGAACACAAGCACACAGAUGAUGAGGAGGCCAGCACGGACACGGAGGUGGAAGAAGAAGAGGAUGAUGAAGACAUGGGCACCAGGAAAAGGAUGAUGAGAAAGUGGAUGGCAAAGCUGGAUGAACACCUGCACAGUUUACCGGGCAAGACUCUGAACCUCGAGGAAUCAGAAGAGGAAGAGAGCUCCGGCGUCAGCUCAGAUGGAACUGUCACUUCCCAUGAGUUUGGAAUAGAGCCAUGGGAGACUGAUGAAGAUACAGAUGAAGAAGAGCUGAUGGAAGAACAGGUGUAUCAUCAGAAGCAGAUGAGUAAGCACGAGAAGAGGGCUUUAGGCCACAACACAACAGUGCUUCGAGAUGUAUUGCAGGUAGAAAAGAAAGGAAAGAAGAAGGAUAAGAAGAAAGAUGCGGCAAAGCCGAAGGCCCCAGUCAGGAAAGGUGGACCAUGGCGGGUCUUAGAAGUCUUCACGUGGUCUUGUAUGGUUUCAAUGGUAGCAGUAAAAAGAGGAUGGCAAAUGCUGGAGCCAGUCACGCUCCCACACUGGGAUCUACUUGAUCCAGCACAACGAGAGCAAGCACAUCGAUACAUCGAUGAAGCAGCACCAGACCUUUUGGUCAUAGCAUGGCCAUGCAGGCUGUGGAGCCCAAUACAAGCACUCAACUACAAGACCACGGAAGAGAAGGAGAUACUGGGUGCACUGAGGCAAGAAGAAAGACCGCUUUUGGACUUUGUGAAAGAAGCCGCUCAGAAACAAAGAGCCCGAGGAGGAGCGGUUAUGGGCGAGAAUCCAAAGCGUUCAAAGGCUUGGAAAGAACCGCCCAUUCAAGAUGCAUUUGAAGGACUGCCCCAUGUAGACACAGACAUGUGCGCUCACGGGCUCCGAAGACCCGACAAUGGAUGCCCAGUGAGGAAGCCUACACGCCUAGCCGGCACUCCAGAGAUAAUGAGGAGAUGUGCCAAAACAUGCAACUGCAAGCAGCAGCACGCACCAUGCAUGGGAGCAGUGAAGAUUGAUGGAAGGUGGCAAAGCAUUGCCGCCUAUGCAGGAGGAUAUACACGACAAUUUGCCACUCGGGUGGUAGAAGGUGCAGAAGAAUACCUGAGAGGGACAAGAAGAUAUGCAAGGUGGGCCACAUCAGAGCAUCUGCCCGAAGAAAGGUUUGUAGCAGUAGAUGACUGGGACGGCGCCGAUAUAGAAGAGGAGCUUCGGUCGCCAAGACAAGAACAAGAACAAGGAGAGACACAGGAGACAGAACCCAGAGAGGAAGAAGAAACAGACCAGGAAGAGGCAGUGCCAAAGAGAGAAGAAGCACCUGAAGAUGAUAGAAGGAGACGUCAAGAGGCCCGGAUUCGGGCCAGAGAACAGAUGGCAGAAGAUGCCGGAGAGGCAAGAAGAGAAGACUUAGAGAAAAUCAGGAGAAUUCACAGCAGGAUGGGACACCCGUCAAAGGAAGCAUUGAGGAGGAUGAUGAAGCUGGCGGGUGUACCCAAGAGGGUGGUUGACACGUUGGAGAAGUUCCAAUGUCCAACAUGCGACAAGAUGCAACCCCCAUCAAGACCAAGACCACAGAGGUCUGAUUUGAGACCGACAGUCUUCAAUGAAUCCCUGCAUGUGGAUCUCAAAUAUGCAAAGGAUGUGAAGAAACAAUUGUAUGUAGCUCUCUCAAUGGUAGACGCAGCAACAAACUACCAUCAAGCAGCCCUACUGAAGACAAGAGACCCCAGGCAUGUAGCUGAACACAUGCUUCUAAGAUGGUUCUCCAUGUACGGAACGCCAAGGGAGAUUGUCUUAGAUCAAGGAGGAGAGUUUGAAACAGAAUUCAUCAGCGUUCUGGAAGAACAUGGGGUACUGUCCAAGGUCUCAGGGGCGUAUGCCCCAUGGCAGAACUCAUUUGCCGAACGACACGGGGCAAUACUCGGCGUUGCUUGGAACGCUUUGGUUGUGGAACACCAAGUCACCGACAGGAAAGGGAUGAAGACAACCCUCCUGUGCGCCAUACAGGCGAAAAACCAGACGGUGACACGGCGAGGGUACUCAGCAGAGACCCUGGUCUAUGGAAGAAACUCCAAUUUUCCAGAUUUGCUGGAUGAUGACGCCAUAGACAACACAACACUAGGCCAAGCACUGAGCCUAGACACACAAGUAGCAAAGCAGGCAGAGAUGAGAGCAGCAGCCAAGAGAGCACUCUUGCAUCAAGAUGCACAGCAAAAACUGAAACAGGCAAUACAAAGAAAACCUGGCAAUCAGGUGAGAGAAUAUUUGCCAGGUGAGAAGGUGUACUUCUGGGUCCCAGGUGCCAAGAGAGUACGUUACCGAAAGGACGCAGGAGUUUGGAGAGGGCCUGCGUUGGUAAUAGCACGAGAAGGACAACAGAAGUACUUCAUAUCCUGGAGAGGAAGAUGCUUGCUGGUAGCAGCCACAAAUCUCCGACCAGGAACGGUAGAAGAAGCCGAAGAUGUGGCGGCUAAAGAAGAAGAGGUGAGACAGUUUGAUGAGCAGAUGCAGACACAGAAGACAAUAGAGGAGAUUCAGAAGGCAGAGCCCCCUGAUGAGGAAGGGGAUGGAGAGAAAUGGAAGACAGAAGGAGAGGUUUUGAGGAGGUCAGACACAGGAAGCACCAAGGAAAGAGCAAAGGCCAUGAUGAGAGGCCUGAAGACAGUCAGGAAAGCACUUGAGGAACCCAGGUUAAGACGAGAAUACAGGAAAAGAAGAAAGGCUGUAGAGCCAGCACGAGAGGAGCAAGAAGAGACACCAGCCGAAGCAGAGACAAAAGAAGAAGAAGAAGAAGAAGAAGUGUGGAAAGGCAUUCACGAGGCUGAAGAAAGAUAUGCCAGAGAAGAUGAGAAGAGAAUCCGACGGAUUACAGAACAGAGGAAGACCCUGCUAGAUGAUGUACCUGAGUGCAUGAAGAGGAGAAGAGUAGGAGAAGUAGAUGAGCAGCAGGUACAACAGAGGUUGACUCAGGGGGUCUUUACGUAUGUCCAGAACGUGGUCAUGGAGGAAGAGAUUCAAGAAAUGAUGGCAAAGAAGGCACAACAGCAGAUACAAGAGAGACGAGGCUGGCGGAAGAAUGAAUGGAUGAAAAGAGAGGAGGUAGCAGAGUUGGCUAGAUUGCUGGAUUUGCCAAUUUCAGCCGUGAGGAUACAUCGACAGCCUAGAAAGAGGCUACAUCCACCGCCAGCCGGAAAGAGAAGAUCACGUGUGACAGUCAUGCUUCUCGAGCAACAAGGGGAAGCGAUGGUUCUCACCGAGAAUCAAGAAAAGACAGAGAAAAAUAAGAAGACAAAAACCCCCAUGAGCUGGAGAGGAAUGACACUUUUCCUGAAGACAGGAAGAGAAAAAGAAGAAGAGAAGGAAGAAAAACAGGCAUACAUACAGAUUGGCGAUGAGGUGUUCGCCACUCCCUAUGAGGAUUCAGCCCUCUGGCAAGCCUUUGUCAGAAGAGAGGAGGAGAUGAAGGUUGCGGCAGAGGCACUUCUUUUGAAGAUGAAGGCAUCAGGUAAGGAGUUGGAUCCCAGGUUCUUUGACGAGGCAGAAAAGGCUGCUUUCAGAGAGAGUGAUAAGAAGGAAUGGGAGUCCUGGGUAAAGAACUCAGUGCUCCAAAGACUCACUGCCAAAGAGGCUGCACAAGUUCCAAAGAAUCAGAUCUUCAAGGCCCCUCUUAGAAUGGUCAGGGUCAACAAGGGCAAGGAUGACACAGACCUCAAGCCGAAGAGCAGGCUUGUGAUUCCGGGGCAUUUAGACCCGGAGCUCGGGGGCUACAGAACAGAUAGCCCAACCACCAUGCCAUGCGCUGUGCGACUCUUGAAAACCCUGAUCGUCUGCAAAAAGUGGUCAGCGUGGAUUUUCGAUGUUGCUACGGCCUUCCUCAGUGGAAAUAAGACAGAGAGAACAGUACAUGUGAGAGCACCACCAGAAGGCUUACCAGAAGUAGAAGGAAUGUCCAAGAUUCGUCCUCACGAAUUACUACGAGUGAUCAAAGGAGCAUAUGGACUGGCUGAAGCACCACGAUUGUGGUACUUGAGAGCCUCCGAACUUUUGGAAAAAGCCAACAUGCAAGAGCUCAAGUUUUGCCGUUCCACCUAUGUGUUAUUGAAUCAGUCUGGAGCUGUUGUAGCAGUUUGCUGCAUGCACGUAGAUGAUGGCUUCAUAGCAGGUGACCAUGGAGAUCCAGAAUUCCAGCGUCUGCUAAAGGCCAUCGACGCUGAUUUCAACAUCAAGGAGUGGCAAAAGCUUGGCAAAAGGCCGGUGAGUUAUCUCGGCAUGACUGUGACGUACGACGAAGAAAGAGGCAUCAUCAUAGAUGACAUGACUGAAUACAUCAAUAAAAUUCAGUCAGCAGAGAUCAAGGGUAUCAAAAUGGAGGAAAAAUUGAGUGAGAAUGAUGUCACGAGAUAUCGGAGACUCGUGAUGCAAAUGAGAUGGCCUGCACAGCAUGUUGUUCCGGAGCUCAUGAGCACUAUCAGUCUUCUAGCGCAAAGAACUACGAGAGCCACGUAUGCAGAUCUGAAGAAAGCAAACAGUGUUCUGGAGCAAAUGAAACUCAUAGCUGGAAAUGGUCAAGCCAAGAUCACAUAUCACAGGAUUCCUGAUGAUCCCAUGUUCAUCACCUUCUUUGAUGCCUCAUUAGGAAAGAGCACCAUGCAGUCCGCACAGUUAGGUGAAAUUCAUUUUCUCACAAGCGAGAAAGCAAAAGUGGAGCCAUCGAAAGCCAAUAUCGUCGAGUACCAUAGCAACAAGAUCAGCCGAGUGGUGAAAAGUUCAUUGGCCGCUGAGGGGUGUGCCAUGACAGCCGGUGCUGAUCAUCAACUUUUCUUUCGUUUACUUUGGGAUGCAUUGUACAGCGGUAAGUUGACAGUAGGUUCCAAUUGGAGAGCGGAUUUGAUUUCAAAGGGCGCUCUGGUAACGGACGCCAAAAGUUUGUUUGACCACUGCCACAAGGUUGGUCACAUGGCAGCUGAACGUCAGACUGCCUUAGAUAUUCUUUCAGUCAAGUUGGCUAUUCAGGCGGCCUCGGUGGGCUUCACCUUCCAGGAGACCAAAGCCUUGCCAUCCUGGACGCCGCCUUGGGCCUCAUGGCCUCCCAUGAUGCAGGUGGGAGUCUUCCUUUUUGCGCUGGCAUUGGUGGCUGCAGUGACUCCCGUCCUCUUAGGCCAAGGCUUCUUCGGAUUGAAAGUCGAGAAGCCGAAGGCGAAAAAAGCUGCGGCGCAAACAAAGGAGGAGAUGCAACUAGGAGUCACCGACGACCUCUUUGAUCCAUCGAAGAGAAGAGUCGCGCGUGUCUUCCAAACUGAAUCUGCAGCAGCCGCCUCGAGGGCCUCCACGCCUGACCGCGUUUCCGCGGAGCCCGCGGAGCCCGCGGAGGCUGCGGAGGCGGAGAAACCCAAAGUCUCUGCCUGGGAACGGCUGAAG